UUAUCAACCACUAGAUAUUCACGAGUGUUGCAAGAUGCUUGUAUCCAGCAGGUGCUGAGUGAAUUUGGGUAUUAAUUUGGGUAUAUAGCAAUGCAAGUCAGAGGACAUUUUUCUUUAUGUUUCCAGGUUCGUGUGGUCUCUCUGAUAGCUACUGGUUCUUCCCUAAGGAUAAUGAAGUAAUAGUUUACACUGUUAUACAGGACAAUGAUAGGAGAUUCUGAAGAUCAAACAACCAAUGAGAUGUCAGAGAUAUGACACAAUAGGGUGUGGCUUAGACAGAAGAAAUUAUUUGAAGAAAAUUUUAAUUUGGCACCAAAAGGACAGAGUGACGGGAAAGAGCAGUUACAAUAGAACAUUAGGUAGGAAUUGGAAAGCCAUUUGGUUUUAAGCUUUCCUUGACUGAAUGAGAAGGAAAUGUCUCCAGAGGUUAUGACUUUUCAGUGGCCCAUAAGACUUAGUCCAUAGAGGCUGAGUUAGAGAAAGAUGAACAGAAUGAAGGCUGGUAACAAAGGGAGAAGUUCAAAGUCCAAAGCAGAGGGGAAAUGAGAGGUUGAAUCAGUGUCUGGAAUUUAGGGAAGGAUUCUUGGUUUGUUUUUUUGGGUUUUUUUUUCUGUUGGUAGAAGACAAAAAUAGAGGUAGUGUGGAGUAGUUUUAUUUCAAACAUAAGCCAAAGACAACCUUUCCUGAGAAAGAAAGAACAUCUGUAAAGGAAAUGCUGCUUCUGUACAUUCCAUUGCUAGCUGUUCUCCUCGCAGCUGGUGACAAUGAAGAUGCCUUCCAGGAGGAGAUCUCCUUCAAAAUGAUCCACAGCUCAUCCUUCUACAAUUUUUCCUGGGUGAGAAAUCAGAGCUCUGCUUGGUUAGAUGACUUGCAGACUCAUGGCUGGGACAACUCUGGCAGAAUCAUUUUCCUGCAACCUUGGUCCAAGGGCAACUUGAGCAAGGAAGAAAUAAAAGAACUAGAAGAAUUCUUCCGUGGGUUCUCCAUUGCAUUGCCUCAGAUAACUCACAGAUAUGCCAGUCAAUGGAAGUUUAAAUAUCCCUUUGAGAUUCAGGCAAUACUGGGCUGUGUGCUGGACCCUGGAGGAGCCAUAGGAGGCUACCAUCGAUUCGCUUAUCAAGGAUUAGAUCUCUUGCUUUUCCAAAACAAUUCAUGGCUGCCAUCUUCAAAGAGUGGAACAAGAGCUCAGGAUGUGUGCAGACUAGUCAAUAAGUAUCACACCAGCAAGGAAACAGUACAGAGGAUUCUCAGUGUCAUCUGCCCACGCUUACUCUUGAGCAUCCUUGAUGCAGGAAAGGCAGAUCUUCAAAGAGAAGUAAAACCAGAGGCCUGGCUGUCCACUGGCCCCAGUUCCAGUCCUGACCGCCAGAUGCUGGUUUGUCAUGUCUCUGGCUUCCAUCCAAAGCCAAUUUGGGUCAAGUGGAUGCGAGGUGAACAGGUACAGCAGCGCACUCAACAGAGUGGCAUCUUGCCCAAUGCUGAUGGGACAUGGUACCUUAAGGUUUUCUUGGAGGUGGAAGCCACUGAGACAUCUGGCCUAUAUUGCCGGGUGAGACACAGCAGCCUGGGAGGCCAGGACAUCCUCCUCUACCUGGAACAUCAUCACAGCUCCAAGGGCUGGAUCAUCUUGGCAGUGAUGGUGCCCCUGGUGCUCCUGACAGCUCUUGCAUUUUGGCUUAGGAAGUGCUGGUGAGUUUUUUGUGCCCAUCUUUCCUGUUCUUUCAUCCACUCCCUACUUGUCAUCCCACUUUUCUUCUCUC